ACGACAUGACCAACCUUACAGUGGAGACAGAUUUCUUCCUCAUGGAAUUCUCUGACAGCAAGCAGCUCCAGAUGAUACAGGGCUUUCUGUUUCUGCUGAUUUACUUGGUGUCCCUCAUGGGGAACCUUCUCAUCAUCGUGCUGGUCACUGUGGACCAAUGUCUUCACACCCCCAUGUACUUCUUCCUAAAGAAUUUGUCUGUCCUCGAUGUGUGCCUUAUUUCAGUCACAGUCCCAAAGCUCAUUCUCAGCUCUUUUUCUCACAGGAGCACUAUCUCUUUCCCAGGAUGUGUGUGUCAGGUCUUGUUCGUGGUUUCCUUUGUUACAUCAGAAAUAUCCAUCCUCUCAGCCAUGUCCUAUGACCGCUAUGUGGCCAUCUGUCGCCCGCUACACUAUGAUGCCAUCAUGAAUAGGGCAGUUUGUGUGCAGAUGGUAGCUACUUCUUGGGUAUUUGGAAGUCUCUUUGGGGUCUUAUAUUCAUAUGGCACCUUCUCUUUAUCAUUCUGUGGUUCCAGAAAAGUGCCACAGUUCUUCUGUGAUGUCCCCUCUCUACUGAAGAUUUCUUGUUCAACGAUGCAUGUCACCAUUAACAUUAGUGUGAUCACUGGAGCCAUGUAUGGAUUUCUCUGCUUUGUGUCUAUUGGGUUUUCAUAUGUUUACAUUUUUAACACAGUGCUGAGAAUGCCCUUGUUACAAGGAAGGUCAAAAGCCUUUUCUACCUGCAUACCCCAUCUCAUAGUCAUCACCACAUUUUCAGUCACUGCUGUCACUGCCUAUUUAAAACCAGUUCCCGAUUCCCCACAGCUUUUGGAUUUUUUGUUGUCUGUUUUUUAUUCUGUGCUGCCUCCAUCUAUGAAUCCUAUAAUAUACAGCCUAAGAAAUAAGGAAAUCAAAGCUGCUUUGUGGAACUUUUUAUGGAAACUACAUCAUUAUGAAUUUUAUAGGGGAAAGCAGUCAUAG